GCUGGAUCAACGAGGCACAAGAAUCCUUCGUCACCAUCAUCGUCGGCACCGGGACUGUGUGAGUUGUGAGGUUUGUGACCGGAGUCUGGCGGUGAGAGGACCUGCAGGGGAGUCCCGACGGUCGCAGCGAGGGGGCGUGACCACCGGCUGUGUGUGUGUGCGCAUAGCACGUGCGGUGUCAGUGAGGACUACAGACCCGGAGCUCAUCCUGCCUUCCUCCUUCAGCAACCGAGUCCCGGAGCCAGUAUCGAUUAUUGAUCGCCAUCGUCCUGCUGGGGGGUUUCCUCAGUCCGGUCCUCUGGUCCUCAGUCCGGUCCUCCGGUCCUCCGGUCGUCCGGUCCUCAGGGCUGAACCAGGACGAGCCUCGCAGCAUAGAGAGAGUUUGUGAUGGAGUUAUCGAUCAUCAGCUCUGAUCGAUAACGUGGAGAGGAGGCAGCAUCAGAUCCAGACUGGACUGACAGGAGACUUUAAUGUCGGAGUCUUCAUCACUCUUCAGACAUGGACAGAUCGAACUAUUGAUUAUUCCUAAUAGUCCUCCGUAGACAUCAGCCCUGUGUCCUCCUGUUGGAGGAUCGAUAAUGAGCGAUGUCCUCCGCCUCCAGCAGCCGGGACAUCGUGGAGGACUUCCUCCGCUACAAGCUGCUCUCCACCGGCCUGACCUGGCGCGACCCGCCGCGCCGCCGCCGCACGGGCGGCCAGCGCAGACACAACGCGGCCGCGUCAGCAGCGUCAGCAGCGUCAGCGUUGACUGCGUCAUCAGGGAGACCUGAGCGGGCGGUGACGUCACACCGAGGAGUCGCUGUGGAAGACUCUCAGCAAGGUCCCAGCUCGUCACCGACCCGACUGCAGGUCGCUCUGCGGUGUGCCGGCGACGAGCUGGAGCAGCGUUACCGUGGUGACCUGGCAGCCCAGGUGUCGGUGCUGCUGCUGUGCGACGGUGGCGUGGCGGAGCUGCUGCGUGGCCUGACGGCGGUCAGGGAGGAGCUGUUCAGGGACGGGGUGAACUGGGGGCGGAUCGUGGCCAUGAUGGCGCUGGGCGGAGCUCUGAGUGCUGAGGUGGCCCACACGGACGGGGCGUGGCGGGUGGACGACAUCGCCGCGUGGUUAGAGGAGAGUCUGGACUCGCAGCCACUCCGGGGAUGGAUAGAAGACAACGGAGGAUGGGAUGCCUUUACCGAGUUGUAUGGUGAUUCCAGACCUCGAGCCAGAUUCUGGUCCCUGGCGACAGUUUUUGGGCUGGCUGUACUGGGAGCAGCUGGGAUCACACUGGGAGCCCUGUUUAUCCGGAGAUAAAACUGUUCUGAACCGGUCCAGUCAGCAGCCUCUGCACUGCAGUUCCUCGAACAACCACUAGGUACUGCUGUGACCAAACUCUGAAUAUACUGACUUGAAGGAGAAAACCACCAACUUCUCUCUUCAAAUACAAAAUCAGACAGUUUUUACACGACCAGCUCAGCUCUCAGCAGAUUCACUGAGCUUCUUUCUCUGUCCGACUGAAGGAUGAUUUUCAAAAUAAAUGUUCCAUUAAGGAGAUAUUAAGGUUUGGAGUUCAGCUAAUUAUAGAUUUUGGUCAGAACUCAAACCAGACAACACCAUAUUGGACUGGAAUAUAUUGACAUUUAAUGAUUUUUUUUAAUAGAUUCAGGGAUUUUUAGAACCACCUACAAUUCACUAAUUACCACAAAAAAAACAUCUGAAUUUUAAAGACCAAAUUGGUGUGGAGGUCAUCUUUAUGUCACUGCAGUUGUGUGCACAUUAUGGUGGCAGAAAAAAGUGCAAACAAGUGGAGAGUAACAAACAGAAACUGGGAGAUAAAGAAAUGGAAUUAAGAAAACAUGGUUGUGCCAUUGAAAUGGACAUUAGCUUGCUUGCUAACAUGGACAAAUUGCUAAAUAGCUAUCCUACCCGAAUUGUUAGUUAUACACCUUUCCUUUGUACCGUUACAUCAUUUAUUGUUGGCUAAAUCAACACAAAUUAAUGGCUGAGUUGCAGGCUAACAUGAAAGAAGAAAUCAAACCGCUGUCAGACAGAUUUUUCAACAGGUGGAAUGUGAGCCAACGCCAGUACAAUAUUGGGUCCUGAUGAAAUGGAUGUUGUUUCACUUCAAUGUUGGUAUCAGGCAACUGUGGUCAAAGUUGACCAACAUUUCUUCAGAGGAUCUUGAGAAGAGGAAGUUGUUGACAUAUAAGAGAUGAAGAUCCAGAGCCACAUCCCAAAUUAGGGAUUGUUUGUCUACUUUGACAACCCAAAAUACUGUUUAACUGCACUGGAAUAAAUGCACAAAAACACAGGUUGUGAUACAUUUGUAUCUUUUAUUUUAUUUUAUUUUUAUAUACAGAUCUGGAUAUAGAUCCAUAAACCUGAAUACCACUGGAUCUUUCCGGAUACGGGCCUUUCUUGUUCAGUGGCUGUUUGACCAGAACCACCUGUUUAACGUAGAACCAGACUGAUGUUUGCUGUCUAAAAGUGUAUCAUAAAGGCUGUAAAUGUUGUUAUUGUGUAAAUAUUUGUUUUCUUCUUCUAGGGAACUUUUUUUUUCUCCCUCUUCAACAGACCUUUUAAAAUAAAGGUUUUUAGAAACAUUGAAUAAUAAACUUAAACUUUUUUGUUGAAUAAAGGUUUAUUUAUGCA